UCUACAGAUGAGCCAACAGCCGUCGACGUCUCAAGGACAUCAGUGCCCAACCUGUGGACGGAUUUUCCAGCUUGAAGGCAAUCUAGUCCUCCAUGUAGAUCGAAUGCACAGUGGUGCUAAAGCAUAUAUUUGCACCUGGCCAGAUUGUGAAAAACGAUUUUCUUCCGCGGAGCUUCUUCGAAAGCAUCUACGCAACACGCACCAGCCCUCAAAGAUAAAAUGCUCUAAAUGUGAGUCUACAUACUCCACCAACUCAGCUCUGCGCCGUCAUGAACGGAUACAUUCGAGUACUAGAAGGUAUAUCUGCUCCCGAUGCAGUGCUGGCUUCGAUUUAUCCGAGCCCUAUAAAAUUCAUCUCCGGCAACAUGAUCACAUACAGCCGUAUGCCUGCUCUGUAUGCUCGAAAACAUUUACGUCAAGGGCGGUUUGUCGAAGGCAUCGCGCUGGUCACGAAAAGCAUUCAGAAAGCUGACAUGAAA